AUGGAGGGUUACCGGCCGUUGAGCCUCACGGAGAGAAGAGCCUCGAUGGUUUACAAUAACAUGGACGAUGGAGAUCUCUCGCCCACCACCAGAGCCGCAUUGACUCUGAAUACCAGCAACGGCCAUGUGCGACUGCAAUCGAGGGUGGAAAAGAUCGUACAGUCGCGACCAAGAGGGCCGCCGACCCCGAAUAUGACUACACCUUCGGCCGAUCCAGACUCUCCUACACAUUCGAGCCAUGAUCCUCCUCCACCGCCUACCCCAGCAGCGAGUCCCGGUCCUGAACAUCCGCAACCAGAUUGGAGCGAUGCGGGGGACCAAGAAGACUUAUUUCUAUCUAAAGUACGGAUAUACUUCAAGGGACGAUCCCCUCCUGAGCGAACGAGGAUAUUGGCAGACCUGUUGAAUCUGUGUACGAGCCAGCAACUGAGUUUCGUACGGCAAUAUGUUGACCCUUUAUUGAAAAAGGACCCUUUUACAAGUCUGCCAAACGAAAUAUGUCUUCGGGUUCUGUCCUGUAUCGAUGAUCCAAAAGUGCUUGCCCGCGCAUCUCAGGUGUCACAGAGAUGGAGAGAGUUGUUGGCCGACGAUGUCACAUGGAUGAAACUUUGCGCUAAACAUGAUUACGGAAGACGCAUGUCAGAAGCGCAUAUCACGACACCGCCCUUCUCCUCACUUCGUCCACCGCCAAAUCCCAUACACGGCUAUUUCGACGGUGAGGGAACGUACUCGUUUCCUAGUGCGAUUGCGGCUGCACCCCACAUCCAGAGAAAUUCGCGGAGUUUUGACAGUGCAACGAGCUCAGCUGUGCUGCGGCGGCCGAAAAUGCGCUCUUAUAAAUCCCACUUCAAGCAGAGAUACUUGGUGGAGACGGCGUGGAAAACAGGAGGAAGGAAUAUCGCAAGACAUAUUACUCAAGACCAGGGUGUGGUGACAAGUCUGCACCUAACGCCCAAAUACAUUGUCGUUGCUCUGGACAACGCUAAAAUCCAUGUGUUUAAUACCGAUGGCAAUGCUCAAAAGACGCUCCAAGGACAUGUGAUGGGUGUGUGGGCCAUGGUGCCUUGGGAGGAUACAUUGGUCAGCGGAGGUUGUGAUCGUGAUGUUCGGGUGUGGGAUAUGGCUACAGGAGAAAGCAUCCACACCCUUCGAGGGCAUACAUCAACUGUGAGGUGCCUGAAGAUGUCCGAUGCGAACACGGCAAUUUCAGGGUCAAGAGAUACCACAUUGCGAGUGUGGGACAUCAAGACUGGAUUAUGUAAGAAUGUUCUCGUCGGACAUCAAGCUAGUGUCAGGUGUCUGGAGAUCAAGGGCGAUAUUGUCGUAUCUGGAAGUUAUGACACCACUGCCAGAGUGUGGAGUAUAUCCGAAGGGCGUUGUUUAAGAACCCUUUCAGGUCAUUUCUCUCAGAUCUAUGCCAUUGCAUUUGAUGGCAAUCGAAUUGCUACCGGGAGCUUGGAUACUAGUGUCAGGAUAUGGGAUCCUAAUGAUGGAUCUUGUCAAGCCAUUCUUCAAGGCCAUACAUCUUUGGUCGGCCAACUCCAAAUGCGGGGGAACACUCUUGUCACUGGAGGAUCUGAUGGUUCUGUACGAGUGUGGUCAUUAGAAAAGAUGGCACCGAUCCAUCGCCUGGCUGCCCACGACAAUAGCGUGACCAGUCUCCAAUUCGACGACACUCGAGUGGUUAGUGGUGGGAGUGAUGGACGGGUGAAAGUGUGGGAUCUCAAGACCGGCCUUCUCGUCCGUGAACUUACUGCCCCGGCUGACGCAGUAUGGCGAGUAGCAUUUGAAGAGGAGAAAUGUGUGGUCAUGGCCUCCCGCUCAAACCGGACGAUCAUGGAAGUUUGGUCAUUCUCGCCCCCAGAAGAGCAGCUUAUGGAAAGAGAAACAGUACCACGACCUGUCAGCGCGAUUGAAUAUCGUUCAACUGGGACAACGGAUCAGACUAUGUCUGGCUUGACUUCGCAGGAAGCUGUUUUCGACAAUGUCGACGUGGACAUGAAGGAUGUUGGGCCUUCGACCGCACCACCCCAGGCUACCGGGCCAACCUUUUUCCACGAAGAAGAUUGA